UUUCUCUCUCUUAUCUCUCUCUCUCUCGCUCGCUAAUUUCUCUCUUUCUUUUCUCUCUCUUCCGCUCUGUCACAAACAAAGCCAUGACCAAAGCUUUCAUCUGAUUUGCAGAGAGCAAACCCCCCAAAAAAACCUUCUUCCUCCAACUCAAUACCGUACCAAGCCCAAGCAAGUAAGAGAAAGUGAGGGAAAAAUUUUGUAGCCCCGCCCCGCCCCGCCCCCUCAAUACGCGAAGAACAGAAGCUGAAAGAGAGAUAGCAAAAGCCCAAUUUUUUUUCUUUCUCUUUACCGGGGAAUACAGAAACUUUCAAUCAAGUAUCUUCCUUCAUUGCAAACUGCGAUUCUUACCUUGUUCCAGUCAGUAAGUCCAUUCGUUCCUUCUUUGUAUUGUUUUUUUUUUUUUUCUGGUGGCUCCUCGCUCCGUAAUGCUCUCUUAUUCAACCGUCUGUUUCUGGGCUUUUGUUUCUCUGUGUCAUUACCGUUCCAGUUAGUCUAAUGGAACAGAUCAGAAUUCGAUUCGUGGUGGGUUCUUUUGGGAAUGCUCAAAAUUUUUUUUUUUGGAUAAAUUUUGAUCUUUGUUUCAUCCCCUUGUUGUAGCUUCCAAGGGUACAAUUUGUUUCUCUCUUUGUCUUUUUUUUUUUUUGGGGAGAUCUGGAUGACUCGUGUGUAGCUCUUCUUCUAAUCGUUGAUUACAGUUCAUCUUUUGCCCGCUUUUCUUUUCAUUCAAUUGGUGGGGAAGUUCACCCGCUUCUGCUGGAUCCUGUUUAUUAAUUUGGAUUCAGAUCGGCAGCCGAUGUUAGCAAGUGGGAAGCGGAUUUUAGCCAAUUGUAUUCAAAUUUUUUUUUUUUUUGCCCCCGUGUUCAUCUCUUCCUAAUCAAGAUAUAGAAAGGUUAUUGCUCGAUUUACUUUCGAUGUUUCUUGAGUUCAUAUAGUCAGACUACUGGAACUUCCAGUCUUUUCUUUUGGAUACUCCAUGGAACCUUUCAUAGGAACGCUGGAAAUAUCUAAUGCGUACAGCUCGCUUCUCUGUCGAUGAAGUCUGAUUCUGCAGUUCCCUAGUUCUGCUAUUUAUGGGGCUUUUCUGCUGUCUGCUUGGUUUUCUUGUAAAUUUUUUCCCAGUUUCUGGUUUUAAAACACGAUUUGAGGAUUUGGGUUAUGGUUGAUUUGGGAUUUUGAUUCUUUUUUCUUUAUAUGGUUUCAUUGCAGAGACAUGUUGGAGGGCCGGUCCUGCGACUCCUGUCUGGUUACAAGAGUGUUUGGUAGUUCCUGCCAAUCCGAGUCUCAGUGGUCUUUUAUGAACUACCGGGCUGGUGGCAGCAAGCACUCCCUUGAGGAUUCUGAAGAUGAUUUUCGGCUGAGCAAGUUGCGUAGGGUUUCAGAUUCUCAGAGAAAUGUCGGCCUUGAGCAGCAGUCUGAUGAAGACGAUCAGGCUGGUCAAUCCUCUGAUUCUGAUCCCCUUAUUGAUGCUAUUGGCAGGGACAUGUCUAUAAACUGCAUCAUCCGCAUCUCUAGGUCGGAUUACGGAUCUCUAGCAUCUCUUAACAGGGGUUUCCGGUCCUUAAUCAGGAGUGGGGAGAUGUAUAAAUUGAGAAGGCAACGUGGUGUAAUUGAACACUGGGUUUAUUUUUCUUGCCACUUGCUUGAAUGGGAGGCGUUUGAUCCCAUUCGACGCAGGUGGAUGCAUCUACCUAGAAUGCCCUCCAAUGAAUGCUUCAUGUGUUCCGACAAAGAGUCAUUGGCUGUGGGUACCGAACUUCUUGUAUUUGGGAAGGAGGUGAUGUCCCAUGUUAUAUAUAGAUACAGUAUUUUGACGAAUUCUUGGUCUUCUGGAAUGACAAUGAAUUCCCCUCGAUGCUUGUUUGGAUCAGCUAGCCUUGGAGAGAUUGCAAUUUUGGCUGGAGGUUGUGAUUCUCAGGGGAACAUCCUGGGUUCUGCAGAAAUGUACAAUUCAGAGACUCAAACUUGGUUGACACUGCCAAGCAUGAACAAGCCAAGAAAGUUAUGCUCAGCAGUAUUUAUGGAUGGCAAGUUUUAUGUUGUUGGAGGCAUUGCAGGAAGCAAUGGAGGCAUUGUAGGAAGCAAUGAUGUUCUUACAUGUGGAGAGGAAUAUGACCUCGAAGCAAAGAAGUGGACCGAGAUUCCUAAUAUGUCCCCUGGGAGGAAUCCCGCUGCUAGAGAUGGAAUGCCUGCUGCUGCUGGGGCUCCACCUUUGCUUGCUGUAGUUAAUAAUCAGCUGUACGCUGCUGAUCAUAGUGAUAUGGAGUUGAAGAAAUAUGACAAGGUUGGGAAAUCCUGGCUUACUGUGGGAAGGCUACCUGAACGUGCAUGCUCAAUGAACGGUUGGGGUCUUGCAUUUAGGGCAUGCGGAGAUCAGCUCAUAGUUAUUGGUGGGCCGAGGACAUCUGGUGAAGGUUUUAUAGAGCUGAAUUCAUGGGUACCAAGUGAAGGCCCUCCGCAUUGGGACUUGCUUGCGAGGAAGCAAUCCGUUAAUUUUGUCUAUAAUUGUGCGGUUAUGGGAUGCUGAGUUGGCAUAAGCUUGUGAUCUGUAUUGGUGCCUCCUGCUAAUAGGAUGUACCAAGAUUGAUUGUUUCCCCCCCUUCAACACAGGAUUCUUGCUAAUGGGUAAUUUUCUACCUCAUUUUCUUUCUUCUUUUCCAGAUCCUUUUUUGUUCUUUGCUAAUUGGGAAGAACCUUCAGGUUUUACUGAGAUUCAAUAGAACGUUUUGCUUCAAGGAAGUCUUCGGGUUCUUAACUUACAUUGUUUCAUUUUCUUUGACUUGAUUCAUAUCUUCCCCAUAUUGAAAUUCUUUUUCAAGAUUUGCUCGUGUAGGGCACGGAAUAGGGAAUAAUUUGGACCGACAGAUUUGGUAGGUUUUCAUCAGUCUUUGGUGAUGGAUUUUGUGUCCCCUCAUUUGACAAAGAACACAGAACUAGUCAUAUGGUUUACUGCUCCCUUAAUUUUCUUUGCAAUUGUUCAAUGGAAGAAACAAGUUCAGAUAAAUUGUUAUGCUAGAU